GCUCAUCUGUCGCUGCCUCCGACCACCCACCCCUUUCUUCUCUACCGCCGGAACCACGCUUCUUGUUCCCUGAAGCCACUAGCAAGUCACGCUCUAUUCCAGACAACCGUCCUGUGAGCUCGCCGACACUACACCCUUCGCACACGCCGUCGUCCGCCUUCGUCUUCCUCCGCCGGUGCCAACAUGGAGGGUUUAGGCAGCCAUGCUAUGAUGGACUCAACGGAGUUGAAGGUUAGCGAGUUAUUGAAGGAGGUCCACCUUUAUCAUUCCUCUCACUUCUCCAGCCUCGUUGAUAACACUGUCUCCGCCAUAAAGUCAUGCAUCGACGAAAUCCCCGUUGACUUCAAGGUAACUGCGGAUGUAGCACCGAAAUUCGUGAGGGACAUUGGUGCGGAUAAGGUUGACUUCAUGUUUAAGAAGCCAUCGCUCAUCGAAAUCGGAGGCAGUUAUUCUAUUCAGAGUCUCGUUAGGCCUGAGCUCAAUGUUGAUCUUAUUAUCAGGUUACCCAAGGGGUGUUUCCACGAGAAAGAUUACUUAAAUUAUAGGUACCAUGCCAAAAGGUGCCUUUAUCUCUGCUUGAUCAAGAAGUACUUGGAGGCUUCUCCAUCUAUUGGUAAGGUUGAAUGGUCUACCUUUCAGAAUGAAGCCCGAAAGCCUCUGCUGCAUGUUUAUCCAGCUGCAAAGGUUGCUGAAGUUCCUGGUUUUUUUGUAAGAAUCAUUCCGUCAGCUACGUCUCUAUUUAGCUUAUCAAAGCUAAACAUGAAGCGUAAUAACAUUCAUAAUUUGAAUCAUGGGACCACACUUCAGGCUACGCCAAAGUACAAUUCUAGCAUUCUGGAAGACAUGUUUCUAGAGGAUACAGAAUUUGUCAACAAAACAUUUCUCGGUUGGAAGGAAAUAAGGGAGGCUUUGAUCCAGCUUAAGGUUUGGGCUCGACAUAGAAGUUCAGUGUAUGUUCAUGAUUGCCUGAAUGGGUUUUUGAUUUCUGUCAUACUGGCAUAUCUUGCUUCUAGGCAACAAAUCAGCAAUUCAAUGAAGGCAAUUGAAAUAGUUCGGGUUACCUUGAACUUCAUUGCAACUUCGGAGUCGUGGAGCCGAGGGCUAUACUUUCCAAAGACAGGCCUGAGUAGUAUUACAAAAGAGGAAAAGAUUCAGCUUAAAGAGUCAUUUCCUGUUAUCAUAUGCCAUCCAUCUGGGGGAUUCAAUUUGGCUUUCCGAAUGUCUAGAAAUGGUUUAAAUCAGCUUCAAGAUGAGGCUGCUUUGACACUUAAGUGCAUGGAAAAGUGUAGAGAUGGCGGAUUUGAGGAAGUUUUUAUGACCAAGAUAGACUAUGCGGUUAAAUACGACUAUUGCAUAAGAUUAAAUUUGAAGGGAAAGAAGGAGGUAUAUGUAUCAGGAUUUUGUUUGGAUGAUGAGUGCUGGAGAUUGUAUGAGGAGAAAGUACAUGGUAUUUUAGCCAAAGCGUUGAAUGACAGAGCAAAGUCAAUCCAAGUUACAUGGAGAAACACACAAUGCCAAUGGAGUGUGAAUGAUGGAUUGUCUGUACUUGAUAAAGAACCACUGUUCAUAGGAAUUUCAGUGAGUACUUUGGAGAAAGCAUUUAGGAUAGUUGAUAUUGGCCCAAAUGCUGAAAGUAAAGAUGAGGCUCUGGAGUUCCGGAAGUUUUGGGGAGAGAAAGCAGAGCUUAGAAGGUUUAAAGAUGGUAGAAUUGCUGAAAGCACAGUAUGGGAAAGUGAGCAAUGGUCAAGGCAUCUUGUUUUGAAAAGAAUAGUUGAGCAUGUGAUUGGUCGUCAUCUUUCUCUAUCCAUGGAAAAUAUUAUAGGUGCUGUUGAUCAACUGGAUUUCUCUUUGCUUCAUGGUGCUGGAGAUCCUGUAUCAUACUCUGGAAGUUUGCUUGGGGCAUUUGAUCUUUUAUCAAAGCGCUUGCGUCUUAUUGAAGACCUCCCUUUGAAGGUGUCAAGUGUACAACCUUUAGACUCUGCUUUCAGGUUUACAUCAGUCUUCCCUCCUGAACCUCAUCUUCUAGCUAAUGAAAAAUUUGAAUCUCUGAGACUUAAUAAGUAUGUUCCAUCGUGCAUUCAACCUCUGGAAGUCAUGAUUCAGCUGGAGGGUUCUGGAAACUGGCCCAUGGAUGAAAUUGCUAUUGAAAAGACAAAAUCUAGUUUUCUUAUUCAAAUCGGAGAGAGUCUUCAGAAGACAUGGGGGGUGACAUGUACUGCCACUGAGAAUGAUGUAGAUGUUUUGAUGGCUGGAUAUGCAUUUCGUCUUAAAAUUUUGCAUGAAAGGGGACUUAAUCUGUUAAACAAGGAAGCAGGAAAUGAUCAAGCAAAGCGUGUUCAUUCUACUGACAAGAAACUUUUUAUUCAUAGUCAGCAUGCAAGCAUGAUCAAUGGUUUACAAAGUCGUCACCCAAUAUAUGGGACAGUAGUGAGACUUGCAAAACGAUGGGUUUCUUCACAUUUAUUUUCAGCUUGCUUGUUAGAGGAGGCUGUCGAGCUGUUGGUUGCAUAUGUCUUUCUGAAUCCCUUUCCGCUUGGUGUUCCUUGCUCCAGAAUCAAUGGGUUUUUAAGGUUCCUGAGAUUACUCUCACAGUAUGAUUGGACUUAUUCACCAUUGAUUGUUGACAUAAAUAAUGACUUAAGCCCAAGUGAUGAGAAAGAAAUAAAU